AUCCUACCGUUGGACUCUAAUUCUGAGAAUGAUUACUCCACAAGCUUCUCUUCUUCCUUCAAUUCAACGUCCAUCCUCUCUAGCCUAAAAGGUAGAUCAAUCAUGGCUAUGGAGGAUUCAAUGAUGGGGCAGAACGGAAAUCCUGUCAAAGAACCUAAUAAUAAUAACAAUAACUGCAAUAAUGAUAAAGUUAAUUAUGUAAAGUUUCCCAAAAAUGGCAAUGAUGAUGUUACAUUUUUCGUGAGUACGGCGAUUGCUCAACAAAAUGGGGGAGGACAUGUUGAUCUAAUCAGAGAGAGUUCAGAAGUCAACAUAACUGAGCAUGUCAAUCUCGACAGAAAUAGAUAUGGUCUGGUUGAAGCAGCGUGUCAAGAAACAUCAGAGAGUGCAUCAAGUUCUUUUGAGGAAUCUAUUUCUGGCAUUGGUGAUGAUAGUGAUCUUUAUGGGGAUGCUACAUCAGCACUCACAUUUGGUGAUCUUACCAAUUUAUUAGGCAUGAGGAAGAAGGUGACAUCUCAGUGGAGAGGUUUCAUAAGAUCACUGAUGUGGCGGUGCAAGUGGAUAGAGCUGCAACUUGUAAAAUUCAAAUCUCAAGCACAAAAGUAUGACAAAGAGCUUGCUCAAUACAAUGAUAGAAAGCAGAUUGAAUUCGGAAACUUUGGACCAGAAAUUAUUAAUUCAAAAUCAAUCCCGUUUCCCUUCACCCCUCAAAGGAACCAGGUACAUGGGAGAAAGAGGAGGAGGAGAGAUGAAGAGAAGCAGAAUGUUGCAGAGUAUAUGUCCAAGCAUAACCUGUUUUCUAUCUAUGAAAAUAGAAAGUCUCCUGCUGAUGGUGCUUUCUGGACUGAUCAUCAGUUCAAUCCAGCAUUGGUUUCCUCCGAGGAGCUGAAAAGCAUCAAUGAGUUGAACCUUGACAAGGAACCAUUACAAAACAUAAAGCUGAUGGACAGGAGUAACCCAAUGGAGCAAAGACUUAGGAAGAUUUGGGAUUUGCAGUCACGAGUUAGCACGAUAAAAGCUGGUUUAGAAAAGAUAAUGAAUGAAAAUGGCGGGAAUGGCAUAAUUCACGCCGAUACCACAAGCUUGCAGAAUAUUACUGAAAAUGGCGGGAAUGGCAUAAUUAACGCCGAUACCACAAGCUUGCAAAAUAUUACUGAAAAUGGCGUGAAUGGCAUAAUUCACGCCGAUACCACAAGCUUGCAGAAUGUUACUGAUUUGCCCCCUGAGGACAGGGACAGAAUGACAGAAAGAUGUCCUGCUAUCGUGGCUCAGCUUUUGGCAGAAUAUAGUGUGCGAGGUGGCUUAUCCAUCCCCUGUAGUGACAUUUGUGAAAACGGGAAAACUAUGUCGGAGUUGACUGACCAAUGCCUUGUUGUGGGUACUCGUGUAAAUAACGAAGAUAUUUUCAUGAUAUAUGACCAUAAGACGAAGGAGCAGAUCAGAAGCUUCCAAGAGGUAGAGGUGAUGAAGUGUGAGGACAAAUGUUCCCUUAGGUAACAAUUGCCAUUUGCCAACAAUUACAUGGAAGAGGCCGGGAAUUGAACUGGGGCGGGAUGAGCAAAAGACCUGAAGAUCCGCUGUGCUUUUUUCGGGAUAGGACUAUUUUUUAUAAUUAUACGGAGUAGCAAUGUUAAAUUUGCAUUUUCCCACAGGUAGUAGCUAGAAAUAUGUACAUGUCUUGUUCAUAUGGGGUUAAUAAACUUUAAGUGUGUUUCAUUCGGUCUAUGUUUCAAAGAUGAAACAUCUAAUCAUUUGAUUGGCGCUGUCUCUCUCUCACACACACACAUAUUCGUUCAUAGCAGUUUAGGAGCCUACCUAGCCCAAAUUCCUGGGAAGAGUCCUCUUUUGCUGCACAAAUUUAUAUGAAUAUGGAGGGUUAUUUGAUCAUUU